CCGACUCAAUAGAAAAAAAACCAUCAAGCCUCAGCCCUCUCUUAGAUCGCAACUAUGAAAUAUAUCUCACUCGCCACUUUGAUCAUGUCUGCCGCGGUGAUAGCUGGCACCAGCGCAUCUGACACCACCCCCAUCGGCGGAGCCUGCAAAAAAAUUGACAAACUGGGGUGCGGACUUCUCCUAGGUUUUAACAACGAAAACUCGUUCUUGUAUUAUUGUGGAUCAGACGGCACAAUUCAAAGUUUUGUGGCAUGCAGCUGUUUGGAUUGCUGCACAGUGACUGGUGCUCUGUCUGGCACUUGCACAUGAGAGGAAAGAGUGAACAUGGUUCUUACUUACUGUGUCUCAAUGCACAGUGCCUG